AUGUCCUUCUUUGGCUUCGACACCAACCUCCCUCGCGACAAGCAGGACAGAGACGCUGGUCGUGGCUUCUUCGCCGGCCAGCAAGACGCCUUUGCUUUCGCCAACCGCGACAAUGCUGCCGAUCAAGGUGAUGUCCUCAACUUCGACGACAGCUACGAUGCCCUAGCCGACAAGCUCGACGAGGCUGGCGAUGCCUUCAACGAUGAUACCUUUGGCGACGGCGGCCGUGUAGGCAAGGACUUCGACUUCUUCGGCACCACCAACAAGGUUGCCGGAACCAUCGAAGAGGAACAGGCCUUGCACUAUGCUCGUCAGCCCUCGCAGCCUCAGCAGCGCUUCCAACAUCAGCAACACCACCACCAGCAGCAGCAACCUAAGCGCUCCGGUUACGAAAACUACUCCAAGCCCGAGUACAUUCCCCAGCUCGAAGCCAAUGCCAGCAUUUGGGGCCUGCCGUCCAAGAAGCCGUCGCAGCAGCAGCAGCAACAAGAGCCUCAGUUCAAGCCUUCGACUCCUUCUAGCAGAAAGAUGAUGAGCCUUGAGGAGGUCGAGGCUUCGAUGCGCCAACAGUCGCGACCUCUGUCCGGUGCCAUCAACAUGCCUCAGCACCAUACCCCUGUUCAAGAGCCUUUCCACGCUCCUGGUAGCAGCUUCCCCGGUGUACAGCAGAUGCAACAGCACACUCCGCGACAGCCCUCAAGAGAGCCUCAGAUGGGCUCCCCCUUCCCUCAGCAACAGCACAUGCCCGUCCAGCCUCCUCCUGGCAUGCAGAACCCUGGUUUGAUCGCUCAGCAGCUCCAGCAGCAGAUGCCUCCCACUGGUCCUCCCUCCGGUCCCCCACCCGGCGAAUCAGGCCAUGGCCACCGCGACUCCUACUCUGGACCUCCUAUCACUCAGGCCAACCAAAUGAUGCAACUGUCUGACGAGCAGCGUGCACACUUCCUCGCAGAAGAAGCCAAGCGUGCAAAGCGCAACCACAAGAUUUUCCUGCUCUCCAAGGACAACGGCCUCAUGACCCCUCAGGACAAGAACUUCAUCACCCGCAUUCAGCUGCAACAACUCCUGACUGCCACUGGUGGUGUCGACGAGCAGUCCUCGGAUGCUCAGCUUGCCGAAGACUUCUACUACCAAGUCUACGCUCAAAUCCGUGGUGCCCCUAGGCAGCACCCUGGUCAACCCCUGAACCAGUUUGCCCAGACAUACCUUUUCCAGACCGGUGGUCGCUACGGAGCUGGUCGCAGACAUCCCCGCGGCGGAGACAACCACAUGCAGAGAAUGGAGCAACAGGUCCAGCGUGCGGUCGAGGCUGCCAAAGCUAGACCAAAGAACAGACAGUUGAUUGUAGAGGGCAGUCUGGGCAAGAUUGCCUUCAGCAAUUCCAAGACUCCCCGUCCUCUCUUGAGCUUCAAGCGUCCCGAUAGCGAGAGCAGACCUCACAAGGAGAGAGUCGCCAAGCCCAGCGUUGCAGACCGCAAGUCUACCCUCCGCAACAUCGAGAACGUCUACGAGACUUUGAUGCAGAUGGAGGAUCACGAGCGUCACCUGCCUCCGCCGCCGAAUGAAGAGAGCCAUCCUGAUGCCAUCCAGCGUCAUAUUGAGUGGAGACAAAGAGCUCACGAGCUUAAUCAGAAGCUGUGGUUCAACCUACGAGUUAUGGAACCCAUCCAGCAAAACCCCUCGAGUCCUCAUCCAUUCAUCGCCAUCUUGUCACACGCCAAGGGAAAGAAGGCCAUCCCGCGUGUCUUCCGUCACAUCGACGAUCAACAGCGUCUGACUAUUUUGACCAUCCUCAUUAUCCAUCUCGACAUUCUGGAUGUCAUCCGCUUGGCUUACCCUCACCCUGACGAGCCUCAACUGCCUCGCGCUGUUCGUGACGAGGUCGAGCUGUUCAGUCAAGCUGUCAUUCCUACUCUGCUCGCCUACAUUGGUGAUGCUCCUCUCAACAUCAUCUCCGGCCUCGUUGGCCUUGUUCUCGACCGCGUCAACGUACAAGCCAUCGUUCGCACCAAGAUUGGUGUUGCCAUGCUCACAAUGCUCGUAUCUCGUGCCUUCCUCGUGAAACAGCAAUCAAGCGCUCAAGUCUCAGACGAAGACUGGGCACAAUGGACACAACUCUACAACCGCCUCUUCGACCUUGCUGAGCCUGUGCUCCCAUACAUCUUCACCACUGAGAACGUCAACACCAGCAACGACUUUGAGAUCUGGCAGUUCUUGGCUACCAUGGGUGUCAGUGCCAGCCCUGAACAACAACAGCGUCUUGUUCUCGGCGUCAAGGACAGAGUCAUGGCUACUGUUGAGAUCAGCAAGCAAUUGCCUCAGGACAUGGCUGCUAGAAAAUUGGGCGAAGUCAACCUGUUCAUGAGAGCUAUUGGUCUGGACGUCGAAUUGCUGGGUUAA